AUGAGUUCCGUUGACAGCAAGGCGGCGCAGGCCGCGCUGCUGCACUGGGUGAACACAUUCCCCCUCCAUAAGGAAGCUAGGUCUCUGGUAGACCUGAGCGAUGGCAAACUCCUAUACCAGGUUAUGGCGGACAUCGAUCCGACCUUCACGAGACGGCGCAUCAACGAAAAGAAAACCUUCCAAGCGGUCAUCCGCGGCCUUCGAUGCUACAUAGUCACCGAAUGCGCUGAGCUGGAGGAGCUGGUGGAGUCGCCGAGCUUCAUCGCCAUCUCCGCUGAUGGCAAGACAGAGGACAUUCUCGAGCUUACUUCGUUCCUCCUCGUGGCCGCCAUGAGCGGGCCCAGGCGCCAGGAUUACAUCAGUACGAUUAUGACUUUCGAUCAGGGCGUGCAGGGAGAGAUUAAGGAGAUCAUCGAGCAGAGAAUAACGGAGGCUCACGAGGCGAGGGAGUCGGGAAACAAAAUAUAUCAGCCCCCGCCUGGCAAGGCUACUCCGGAUGAGUUCCAGCUCGAGUAUCGAUAUGGAGUUCUGCUCGGGCAGAAGCGGGGGGUUGAGCAAGAGAAUGAGAGAUUACUGAAGCAGACUGCAGAUUUGACGACUCGGUUAACACAUCUGCAGGAGAAUAAUGAUAGCCUCCAGGAUCACCUCAGAGACGCCGAAGAUAGACUUAACGCUCCUGUCAGGGACGAUGAGACGGAGCAUCGCAUUAGGAGGCUCGAGGAUGAUAUCAGGGAGCGGGAUGAGGUGAUUGAGUUUCAAGAGGGCCAGCUCGAGCAAGACCGUGACAAGCUGGCGAGGAUGGGACGGGAGCUUUCGAACUUGAAAGAUGCCGACUCGCGCCUCAUUCAGCUACAAGAUGAGAUCAAGGAGCUCGAGUUCAAGAAUGACGAGCUUACCAAGAAGGCUAACACAGUUGACCGCUACAAGAACAAGCUCGAGGUACAGAAGGACCUGCAAAAGAACUUCAAGGACCUUGAGCUCGAGAACGAGGAGUUGAAGACGCAGUUUCAACACAUCGAUAAGAUCAUGGAACGUAACAGCAGUCUGGAGGCUUCCCAGAGACAGUUCCAGAACAGUAUCUCCAAGGCCGAGAUGGAAAUCUUUGAGAUUGGGAGCCAGAAGAAGAUGCUCGAAGCUGAGAAUUCCGAAUUACGCUACUCCUUAUCGACGCAGGAAGAGAAGAUCGCACAAUACGAACAAGCCAUGUUCGAGCUACGGGAGCAAUCUCCACUCCCCGAGAUUUCACCCCACGGACAAACAUUGGCAGAGCAGAUGCAGAAUUCCGAAGGGAACCGACAGAGUAACCUCGAGAAUUUCAGGUUGAAGGCAGAGAAUGCCCUCCUGAAGGGGAAUACACUCGCGGCCCAGGAGAACAGCUCGCUUCGGGCACAGUUGGAGGAGUCCGACGCACAUAUCAAGGUCAUUGAGGGGAAGUAUCGCGAGGCGUUUGAGAAGGAGGUCAUCACGCAGCAGCAGCUGCGCGCGAUGAUGAAUCUGGUGGAUGAUAAUAAAAAAGAUCAAGCAUUUGUGGAGUUGAAGAGGGCGCAUACGAGCGUGACUGAGCAGCUGGAGGCUCUUCAGAAGCAGCUUACUGCUCUCGAGGCCGAGCACGAAGACGCCAAGCGAGAGCUCUUGAUGGCAACGGCAGAUUGCAAGUUUACCCCUAUCCAUUCGCAGAGUUAUGCUAACGUUUUCAUAGUGAGUAUGGUCGAGAAAGAAGAGAUCGAUGCCCUCGAGGAGUUGAAGGCCACCCAGGAAUCCCUAUCCAAGUCCUUUGAGAAUGAAUUAACUGCUCUCAAGGGCAAAUACAAGGCCCUCCUAAUUGACUACGAGGCCCAGAAAUCACAGCUGAUCGAGUCGUUACUCACUAACAACAAGCUUCGUGAGGCCCUCGAGAAGAACACGAACGUCGAGGAUGAAACCCCUAUCGUGGACGAUGAACCCAAAGAAGUUCCCGCGACCCCAACCCAACCAGACGCCGGAGAAGUAUUGAAGAAAGACGCAACAAUCGCAGAACUCCAGGCUCAGGUCAAGGAGUUGGAGGAGAAUGGGAACGAUGCGCAGAAGGCUGCUCUGGAGCGCGAGAACGACAAUCUCAAGCGCGAGUACUCUAUGAUGACCAUGGCGUGGUACGACCUCUCCAGCCGCGUGCAGAGCAACACCGUGAUGCUGCAACGGCGCAGCGAGGUGUCGAAGAGCUGGAUCAACAAGCAGCGACGCGCCGUGAAUCCGACGGGGAGGAGGUGA